AUGGUUUUAAAAAAUAAUAAAAAUAAAAAAAAUAAAAAUAAAAAAGAAAAAAAAGAUGUAAAUAAUAAAGUUUUAAAUAAAUAUUUACAUCCAAUGGAAAAUGAUGAAAAAUUAUUUUGGAAAGUUUUUAGAAACAAUUAUUUAAAAUAUAAGAUUUUAGAAAUGAUAAAAAGUCAAUUUAGAUUGGGUUGUUAUUCAUACGAGGAAAUUAUUUAUAGUGAAUGGAUGAUUAGAUUUAGUCAUUUAGGUUUAUUAAGAGAAAAAGUAUUGAAAAAUGAUCAAAUGUUAAUUUUUAAUAAUUCUCAUCCUGAUUGUUUUUUUGAUUAUGGUAAAAAUGAAAUUAAUAAUAAUAAUAAUAAUAAUAAUAAUAAUAAUAAUAAUAAUAAUAAUAAUAAUAAUAAUAAUAAUAAUAAUGAUGAUAAUAAUAAUAGACCAAAAGAAUUUGAAUUUAAUUAUGGUGGAAUUUAUCAUAAUGAUUUAUAUGACCAAUAUGAUGAUUACAGUAUUUGUUAUCCAAAGUUAUCAAUCUUUAAUGUUUUUAAAGAUGAUGUGGAAUUCUUUUCAAAAUUAUUUGAAAAUUAUUCAUAUUAUUUUGAAGUUUCAUCAACUGAUGAAUUAUUUUCAACAAUAGAACCAAUUAAAAAAUCAGUUUUAGAAAUUCCACUUUCAUCUCAAAAAACACCAAUAAGACCAAUUUCAAUUUCAAAGAUUAUUCAUUUUUCAAUUGUCUAUGAUAAUUUAGCAAUGUUUAAAGUAUUGAUUAAUUAUAGAUAUUAUAUUCCAACUACUUUAGAAGUAUUAAAUGAUUUUAUAAAAGCAUUUAAAACAAACUCUUUCAUAGUAGCUGAAUUUAUUUAUAAAGAAAUGUUAUUAGUAACAACAACUACAACAAAAAAAACAACAACAACCAACUUUUUAACAAAAGAAUUAAUUGAUAAAUAUUGGUCAACUAUUAUUUUAGAUAGUUUUUUACAUGAUUCAAAAAGAUAUUUAAAAAUUAAAUUUAUUCAAAAUGUAUUAAAUAGUAAUUCACCACCUUUAUCAAUUGUAAAUCCUCAAGAAUUUGUAAAAUUCCUUAGAAAUUUAUUUGAUUUUCAAAUUUUCACUAAAAAGCUUAAAACAGUUAUUGAUAGAUGUAUUCAUCUAAACCAUAUUUUAAAUUCAUUAGAUUCAUCAAUUAUUCAAGAAAUUAAUAAUCUUGAAAGUUUUAAAUACUUUUCAAAUCAAUCAACACAUAGAUUCAAUAUUAAUACUUUUAAAACAUUAGAUUUAAAUGAUUUUAAACCAUUGUCAAUUGAAGAAUUAAAUAAAAUAAAAUUAAAAUAUGAAAACACUAAAGAAUAUUUAAUGGAAAUUGGUAAUUUAGAAAGCAACAUUGAGCAUCAAGAAAUCAAAGAUUUAUUUAAAAUGUUAUUGUUUUUUAGUGUGUUUUCAAUGGAUAGUUACUUACUUGAAAAAGUUAAUUCACUCGAUAUAUGUCUAUACCUUUUUAAUAGAGAUUUGAUAAGAGCAUCUCAACUAUUACCUUUUUUUAUUGGCAACUAUGAAAUCAUUUCAUAUUUUAAAAAAAAUCAUCCAGGUGAUUAUAAAAACUCAUUCUACAACUUUGAUCGCCAAAGUUUUGGUUAUUUUUCACAUUAUCAAUUUCGUUUCAUUUUAGAGAAUUGGUCAGAUUUUAAAUCAAAAUUUCAAAAUGGUUUUCAAUUUUUCUCAAUUUUACCAUUUCAAGAUUUUAAAAAGUUUGUUAAUAAUAUAUUAAUAAACCCUUCACUCGAUAAUAAUAAUAAUAAUAAUAAUAAUAAUAAUAAUAAUAAUAAUAAUAAUAAUAAUAAUAAUAAUAAUAAUAAUAAUAAUAAUAAUAAUAAUUUAAAUGAAAAUGAAAAUGAUAGAAACGACCCAAAUCCACUAUAUUGUGCAGUAACAUUAGAACAAUAUAAUUACGUUUUGGAUAAAAUGCCACAGGAUUUAUUAACAGGUAGAUGUGGUAUUAAUUAUGGUUCAAGAAGUAUAAAUCACUUGAACUUACAAUUACAUGUUCAUUACCUAAGAAAUAAUCUAAAUGAAAAAUUAUUAUCAACUUUUACAUUUAACUCUUCUUAUUUUUAUCCAUAUUCUUUAUUUAAAGAAAUGGUUUUAAGGAAUGAUUCAAAAACACUAGAAUUAUUUCUCUCAAAAAUUAAAACUAGACAUGACUAUAAUUGGCUAAAAAGUGAAAUAAUACAAAUAGCAAUACGUUUUUCAAAUCAUUUUAUAUAUUCAUUUUUAAAUUGUUAUGAAUAA